UUAAAUACGCCGUUGAAAACCAAAAAGAAGCAGACUAGAGGAGGAGGACCCGGGCCGGAGCAGAAGACACAUAGAUCACAUCCGGGGCUGGUUUAUUCUAAUAACCAAACGUCCAACCCGGAAAAAAAGAUAUCUCUUCUGUAAUCCGAUCACACAAACAAACAGACGAGAGUGUGAGAGCCUGAUGCAUGCCGGCUUUGUUAAUGUCCGCUGUUUGUUAAAGUUAUUGAAAUUUGUCUAACAUGCUUGUUAUUUACCAGAUUCGGGUCUCUCCUCCGUGCUUCGGAGCCGUGCGGGGCGCUGGCUGUGGCGCACACUGACUCCACAGCGGAAGCAGCAUGCCAUACGUGGACCGGCUGAACCGCGUAUGCGGCUUCCUGGACGUCGAGGAGAAGGAGAACAGCUGCCGCUUCCAGAGGCGAUACUUCAUCCUCGACACGCAAGAAAAUGCUCUUCUGUGGUAUAUGGACAACCCUCAGAACCUGCCCAGUGGAGCGAGCUUUGUUGGCAGCCUGAAACUAACCUACAUUUCUAAGGUGAGCGAAGCUACAGCGAAGCAAAAGCCAAAGACAGAGUUCUGUUUUGUCAUCAAUGCAGUUUCCCGGAGGUACUUCCUCCAAGCCAACGAUGUAACUGACAUGAGGGACUGGGUGGCUGCUCUUAACAAGGCCAGCAAGAUCACAGUUCCUAAGUCUGGCCCUGCACCUCCAAGGUCCGAUGUAACCGCAGUCAUCAGCAACACUCAGGGAGGGAAGAGACAGCACGCAUACAAGACUGAGAUCAUCGGCGGCGUGGUGGUGCACACUACCAUACAGAAUGAGUGCGAAGAGACGGACGGGAGAGAGAGGAAGGGCAACCGGCCAGGCGUGCUAAGGUGUGGUUACUGUGUCAAACAGGGAAAUGUGAGGAAAAGCUGGAAAAGGAGGUUUUUCACCCUAGAUGACAAUGCAGUCAGUUACUACAAGUCUGAGACGGAUAAGGAGCCUCUCAGAGCUGUUCCACUGAGGGACAUUCAGAAGGUCCAUGAAUGUCUCGUCAAGUCAGGGGAUCUCCUGCUGAGAGAUAACCUGUUUGAGAUCAUCACCAGUUCCCGAACCUUCUACAUUCAGACAGACUCUCCGGAGGAGAUGUAUGGCUGGAUCAGGGAUGUUGAGAUGAAGAUCCAGGACUUCAGAGGUCCCCCUAAGGGUUUCUCAUUUAAACGUGCGUCCUCUCUCUAUCGAAGUCCCAAUGCCUCCUCAGCGCCUCGAGGCCAACAGAGUGAUGAGCGCAGACCUGCACUGGUCAAGUCCUGCUCUGUGGCGCCGGGCUGGCAGCCCUGGACGCCUGUCCCUCCGGGUGAGCCUUCCAUCCUGGAUGCAGAGGAUGAAGACAGUGCUUUCAGCUCUUUGCCCACCUUGCCUUCUCUCUCCUCUUCCUCCACCUCUUCCUCCACCUCCUCCUCCUCCAACUCCCUCUCCGCCCCGACCCCUAGCCCCAAUGCACCUCCGGCAGCUUCAAUCAGCGGACUGGGGAUCCUCACAGCAUCAGGAGAUGUGGCCAGCGGGCGUCGGAGACACCGCUCGCAGCCUCAGUCUCACACCGGCUGCAGCUUCCCCUUCAGCCUGGACGACGACAGCAUCCGCACCACGGACGUCUGACUUCAGUAAAGUCUGUCCAGACUCCUGCGUGGACUUGAGUGUUGGUACUUGCUUUAAAAUGAAUGUGACUUUUAAUAAUAGUAUUCCCUGCUAAUGAAGUGACACUGUGAGCAUCUGCCUGGAUGCGAUGAUGUGAGAUUGGGGCCUUCUGCUGGUUUUGUAGCUGUAACGCAGACGAAGGAUGGACCCAGCUGAAAGGGGACCAAGAGGCUCAGUGUUUUUGUUCACAGGACUGUGAAGAAGUAUGAUGGAGAAUGUUUAGUGCAACUUCCUCUGAAAACUUGAAUAAUCUUGUUGUUAAUUGUUCUUGCAGACUUACAAAGUAUGGCACAUGCUUUCAAUCAGUUGCACUUAUCUCCCCUGGGAGAUAUAACUCUGUCAUAACGAAUGUGUUUUUAACCCCGCUAGAAGUAUUCACCAAGAAUUGUUUAAAAGCAUUUAAACACAUUUCAGUUUUUUAUAUUCAAGCAACACAAAAUACUUUUAGAAAAGGUGGGUCUUGUUAGUUUUUUCUUGCCUCUUUCUUUUUUACUGUGACCAUUAUGUGACAUUAACUAACCUUCAUUAAUAAUUAGCAAACAUUUUAUUACUAACAUCUAAUCAGGUUUCUGGGAGGGGGGGGGGGUAGUAUAAGGGUAGAGGUUUCGUUGAAAAGGUACAUGCACUCACAUGCUAACUGCCUGACGGCUUUUGGCUCUUCUGUUUUCAGCAGUAGCUUUUAUGUGUUUGCACUUGAUUUGGAACAGGAGCCUUUGAUACUUGGCGUAAAGAUAGUUUGUCAGGAAACUGUGACUCCUCUCUUAGCUUGUAACAGGGUACUGCAUUAAUACAGCAGUGUAUUAGAUGGUACUUGCCGUAGAAUGUACUGCAAACAUCAAAGUACAGCUGAUCAGCUGCUUGACAGCAUUCCAGCAUUCUGUGGGAAAAUGUGCCACUACUUCUCGUGAUUUAAAUUGUAAUUUCACACUUUGCUUUUCUCAUUUUUACUUAUGUUUUUUGCUUUCACAGCAGAAAUGACACCUUCCUCUCAGAUAACGCUUUGUGUUGUUACACCGGUAGUCUCAGAACCUCGUCAGGUUCACCUCAAGACUUCAUUGAUGUGGUACCAUGUUCACGCCUGUUUCCGUUUUUCUGAAGCUGUGUGCACUCGUCUGUCUGCGUAUAAUGUCAAUUUUCUUUCUUGUACAUUAAAUGAUGCAUUUCAUUCAU